AUGGCCUCCCCAAACAAGGCGAUAUACAUAGGACCACAAAACGAGUUGUUUGCUACGGAAUGCGACGAUCUUUACGAGCCCGCUGAUAACCAAGGUCUAGUUCAGGUGCAUUUUUCUGGCAUCAAUCCUGCUGAUCUAAAGCAUGGAACCGAUUUCAGGAUGAAUGACCACGUCUGUGGUUACGAGUUUAGUGGAAAGGUUGUCAAGGCUGGAACAGGAUUUCCUUACGCGGUCGGAGAUGAGAUUUUUGGCUCAAAGAAGAUAGGUUUAGGUUCGAAAUUUGGAGCGCAUCAAGAUUGGCUGCUUGCUGAGGGCAACUCGAUGAUUGCAAAACGACCGUCCACACUUCCAAAGGAGGCUGGUGCGGUGAUGUCACUCGUGGUGAGGACUGCUGCUGAUGCCUUGUUUAAUAUACUGGGAAUUCCUUUUGCCGAGAUCAAAGCAUCAGGAACGCCAACAAAAAGCGGCAUUCUGAUCUGGGGAGGCGGUAGUGCAGUGGGAUGGGCAACAAUACAGAUUGCAAAAGCUGCAGGUGUCAGCCCAAUCAUCACUACAGCAUCUUCUUCUCAUCAUAAAACACUGAAGGAUCUGGGUGCAACGCACUGCUUCGACUACCGGGAUGACGACGUGGUCGCAAAGAUCCAGAGUGCUGUUGAUCAAUUCGGUCAACCGUUGAAGUUCAUCUUCGAUUCAGUGUGCACAAAGGGACAAGCAUCCUCGGCGUCAAGGUGUGAUGCAAUCAACACUCCGCCGGACGCUAUUUUCACUGGGACUUUGCCAGUAAGCAGUGACAAAAAUAAGUGGAUAUGGUGUUUAGCCGCCCGGGCCUGGGACACGAACCUGCCUCCACCCAUAGGCUAUAUCGCCGCAGACCAGGAAUGGGAGUCACGAUUGAUUGGAACAGUUGAUUGGGUAGCUGGAAACUAUGGUCAGCGCUUUCGUAUACCAAAUCUCAGAGUAAUUCAAGGACUUAGGGAAGGAAUCGAAGCAAUCAAAGCGUCAGGCGAGGGGAAAAUCAGUUUUGAGAAGUUUGCAAUCAAGCACCCUUUUUAA